GGUGUGACAGGUAAAACCAUUGUCUCACUCUUGACACUGCGAGAAAGAAAGCAUACUCUUCUCUGCGUCUUCCAGCAAAAGGGCUUUUACGUUAUUCUGGAGUUCCUCUAAUUCCACACGUUGUGAACCAUGUCCCAGGAGGGAGUUUGCGAAGGUCCAUCUUCAGAGCAGAAGGACUUAAAUGAAGAGAACUUCCUCAAGGAGCUGUACCUCUUCAUGAGGAACAGGGAUACACCCAUCGAAAGAAUCCCACACUUGGGUUUCAAGCAAAUUGAUCUCUUUCUGAUGUACAAGACAGUGCAGAAGCUAGGAGGAUAUAGUCAGGUUACAGCCCACCAGCUAUGGAAACAGGUCUAUAAUGAGCUAGGUGGGAACCCCCGCAGCACCAGUGCGGCCACCUGCACACGCCGUCAUUAUGAGAAGUUGAUACUGCCUUUUGAGUGGCACCUGAGGGGGAAAGAUGACAAGGAUUUGCCACUUCCACGUCAGCAGAAGCGGUCAAGAUACAGCAGCUUCCUUAAUGAGGAAGAGGAGAUCCUGAGGGGUGGCAAACGUGCUGUGGGUUAUGGGCUCCAGCCUAUGUCACUUCCUCAGGACCAUCGUGACUUUCUGCCAGACACUCGAAUGAGGAUCAUCCCAGUACCUAUGCAUUACAGAUACUUCCACAGUGGUCAUCAUCCACUACCCAACUAUUCUCCAAUUUCCCCAACCAUGCAUUCACCCCAUUCCCAUCCUCACUGCCCUAUCCAACGCAUGCCACCCCACCAGGAGCUGAGUGAGUGGCCCGAGCAGCGAUUGGCUCUGCUCCGAAGUCUUGCAAAGGAAUUCACUUCAGGGUGGGCUGAGCCACUUAACCUCAGCUGUAAAGAAGGAAGAAUGGAUACCCUUAAGCAGCAGCCAUCUUCCUUCACUCCAACCAGUAGCAGCAAUAAAACUCCCAGAUUUUUAAACAAAGCCUCUCCUCUGUAUGCAGCCUGGAAAUUGUCCAGUGAAGAAGUCGAGUUAUCUGAGAAAGAAAGAGAUGGUACAAUGCAAAGCCCACCCCAGAGUCCAUUUCUAGCUAAAGAUCCCCAUAUCGUUGAUCUUACUUUAUGGAACCACUGUUCUACGGUCACGGCUCCUGCUAUUCCUCUGAACACUGGUAGUUCUCCAACACACAGAUGUACUCUGGACAACUCAGCUGCUAAGACUCCAGAGAGAAGCUGCUCACAACAAAAGGAAGAUGAGGAGGCAUAUAGUCCUACACCAUUUCCCCUUGAUCUCAGUGGCGUAUUGCCAACUUCACCCAAGAAUUCUAUGGGAAGGAUGGAGAUCCAGAUUCCACUAGGAGUGCUGCAGGACCUGCUGAAAGGCAGGUUCCAGAUGGCCUCUAUCCUGCAGUCUGACAGAGAUCUAAAGGAUGUUGGUGAUGGUAGGAUCGAGUGUCAGUCAAAUGCAGAGACAGUCACACUUGGAGAAGACCCAGCAGACCUUAGUAUCAAGGAAAAUGCAAGAGAGAGAAAGACCACUGUGGAGGUCAGCCACAGGGCAAGUAACCUAGAGAGGAUGAGAAGCUCAACAAGUUCUUCUUCCAAAGACAGCCAUGACCAAUGCCAUGAAAGUAUGAGCACUUGCCAGGAGUCAAUGGACUCAAAAACUCACAAAGUGGAGUCUCUGUCUGAGUAUAGAGGAGGCACUAAAUUUUCUAAGCUAAUCAUGGCAGACAGCAGUACCACAGGCAAUGUUUCACAUCCACAGAUGUACUCACAGUUCAAGGAAUAUGAAGUGUGGAAGGAGCGUGCCACGAGGAACAUGCAAAUCCAGGACUCGAUGUUGGACAGAAGGUGUGUUCAGGCUCCCUCGAGCCCCGUGUGGUUGUAUCCAGAGUCCCGCGUACGGGAACAUGAGAUUAAGGUUCAUCCAGCACCAGGCUUCACAGCCAAUCUGCCACAAAGCAUGGCCUCUCAGUUUAGGGCAGCACAAGGUGUGUCAUUAGGGCUACCUGAAAGGCGUUCUGUGUCAGAUGUGCCCACAAUGGUCAUGGCUAAUCAUUCCUCCCCUUCCGUGCUGUCCCUUACCCCAGAGGAAUACUUUAAGCUUAGACAGCUUAUCUCUAGUUCUCCAUAAGGACAUUGUUUGAAUGUUACUAGAAUGGGCACUUGCAAAGCAUAAAGCAGAGAUAAGCAUGUACAGUAGUUUUCUGUCUUCAAUUUUUUAGACUAAAAGAAACCACCAAGAACCAUUGUAGCAUUGUAGCACUGUUGUAUUUUUUUUAAACUGGUCUUCUUA